GACUUCAUUUCCCACAAUGCACCGGACAGGAAGUACACAAAUACAACACAUCAGCGUCUCUCGAGUCAUCUUCGUUUUGUCCUUUAUUUUAUUAAGAGCUCAUUGUAAAACAACAUAAUUUAUUUGAAAAUUAACGAAAACACAAUGGGACAUUUAAAAUAGCAUUUCAAGUCUAAAUGAAUGAAGAAGAUCAAAUUGAAUUGCUGUGACGAUGAGGAGGCUGAACAAAAAGAAAGCCCUGAACUUUGUGAAGGAGUUAGAUGCUUUCCCGAAGGUUCCUGACAGUUAUGUGGAGACAACAGCCAGUGGAGGGACUGUGUCAGUUCUGGCUUUCUCUGCAAUGGCGCUCUUGGCCUUUUUCGAGUUCUUUGUGUACCGGGACACAUGGAUGAAAUAUGAAUAUGAAGUGGAUAAAGAUUUUACCAGUAAACUAAGAAUUAAUGUAGACAUCACCGUCGCCAUGAGGUGCCAAUCUGUUGGGGCAGAUGUGUUGGAUCUUGCUGAGACAAUGGUAGCAUCUGACGGUCUACAGUAUGAACCUGUUGUUUUUGAGCUCUCCCCUCAUCAGAGGCUCUGGCAGAGGACACUUUUGCUUAUUCAGGGUCGAUUGCGUGAGGAACAUUCCCUCCAAGAUGUUUUAUUCAAAAAUGUCAUGAAAGGUUCCCCUACCGCUCUUCCACCCAGGGAAGACGAUCCCACCCAGCCUUUAAAUGCCUGCCGGAUACACGGACAUCUCUAUGUCAAUAAAGUAGCAGGAAAUUUCCACAUCACUGUUGGCAAGGCAAUUCCACACCCUCGAGGUCAUGCUCACCUCGCAGCCCUGGUCAGCCAUGAAAUAUAUAACUUCUCCCAUCGGAUAGACCAUCUGUCAUUUGGAGAAGAAAUUCCAGGAAUUCUGAAUCCACUGGAUGGCACGGAAAAAGUGUCUUCAGAUCGUAAUCAGAUGUUCCAGUACUUUAUUACAAUUGUGCCCACAAAACUGCAGACGUACAAAGUGUCAGCAGACACACAUCAGUAUUCAGUCACUGAGCGCGAGCGAGUGAUAAACCAUGCAGCAGGAAGUCACGGGGUGUCUGGGAUCUUUAUGAAGUAUGACAUCAGCUCUCUGAUGGUGAAGGUGACUGAACAGCACAUGCCGCUGUGGCAGUUUCUCGUGCGGCUUUGUGGCAUCAUUGGAGGCAUUUUUUCAACCACAGGUAUGCUACAUGGUCUAGUUGGCUUCUGUGUGGAUGUGGUCUGCUGUCGUUUCAAACUGGGGGUUUACAAACCAAAGAGUCUGAAUCUUCUGGAUAGACAUGUGAACAGUCUAACGCCACUUCUUACUCAGAACGGGGAAACCUAGCUGGACUCUCCUCCCUACUGUGUUUACAAAGCAUUUCAUUGACUCUUCCAUCCAAACCGGACUCUGUGUCUAUACACAUGGCAUCUAGGUACAUUGUUACCCAGUUCAUCUUCAUUUGUGGUACUGUGAAGAGCUGUCUGUAUUAAAAACAACAAAUAGGAAAGACUUAUAGAAUGUGACUCAAUUAUUCGUACCUCUUGAAGUAUCUCGGCCCAAAAAUGAUGUCUAUUCAUUUAAAUGACCAAGAUCAGCAAAUUUGAUCACCAAUGAUCACAGCAGAUUUGCAGAUACACUGUAUAAAUUGUGACUGAAUAUAAAUGAUGGAUACUAUAGCAACCAGAAAAGCAGUAUCAGGAAGCUUCUCUUAUGUUAAAUGUCUGAUGCAGAGCCGAUUCGCCUAUAUUGCUAACUAGGGGAAUUAGUAUAACAAACACAUUGUAAAAAUAUUACAUGAUUUUUUGCACUGCACAUGCAGGAAAUUAUAGACUGAAGAUGCAGAUUUGUGCCAAAUCCAGAUUAGGUUUAAUAAAGGUAGACAGUAACUUUGUCACACCCCUCAUUCGAGUCCAUGCAAGCAACAUCUGUAUGUAAAAUCAGUAGGUUUGGCUUUUAAAUAAUUCAAACAUACAGAUGAAAACUUGCCAAGACAUUAAGUAUGUAUUAGGAUCAGAUAACAUCCUGCAUUUAUACAUCAUGUGUUAGAGGAUUUUAUUUAAUUUAUGAGUUGUAUGAUCAUUCUUGAACACUUUAAAAGGUCUGACAUACAUUUUACUUGUGUUCAAGUCAUGUCCAAAUAAAAACACUUUCGUAUACUCCC